AUGCAGGCAGCCCUUUCGGAGCGCGGUGUGGAGUGGAGACGAUUAUGGGAGCCGCGUUUGCAGCGAGAGCUGCAGCAUCGCCGUCCCAGCGACUUGAUUCUAGCCUUCUUGGGAGUAUUAAAUACGGCCCAUAUGGAAAACGCGCUCCCUGGCGUAUACGAUAGAGCACCCGCGAUGCCGGGAUACUCCGAGGCCGCAGUCGCGCUGAUCGUCGCCGUCAUCCUCCUUGGUGAGUCUCGGUUGGGCAUGCAUGCAUUCACGAUGCCACUCGCAACGCCACUCCACCGCGCCCGACUUUGCCCUUUCCCGUGUCACAUCCUCUCUGCCGUGUCACAUCCUCUCUGCCGUGUCACAUCCUCUCUGCCGUUUCACAUCCUCUGUGCCGUGUCACAUCCUCUCUGCCGUGUCACAUCCUCUCUGCCAUGUCACAUCCUCUCUGCCGUGUCACAUCCUCUCUGCCGUGUCACAUCCUCUCUGCCGUGUCACAUCCUCUCUGCCGUGUCACAUCCUCUCUGCCGUGUCACAUCCUCUCUGCCGUGUCACAUCCUCUCUGCCGUGUCACAUCCUCUCUGCCGUGUCACAUCCUCUCUGCCGUGUCACAUCCUCUCUGCCGUGUCACAUCCUCUCUGCCGUGUCACAUCCUCUCUGCCGUGUCACAUCCUCUCUGCCGUGUCACAUCCUCUCUGCCGUGUCACAUCCUCUCUGCCGUGUCACAUCCUCUCUGCCGUGUCACAUCCUCUCUGCCGUGUCACAUCCUCUCUGCCGUGUCACAUCCUCUCUGCCGUGUCACAUCCUCUCUGCCGUGUCACAUCCUCUCUGCCGUGUCACAUCCUCUCUGCCGUGUCACAUCCUCUCUGCCGUGUCACAUCCUCUCUGCCGUGUCACAUCCUCUCUGCCGUGUCACAUCCUCUCUGCCGUGUCACAUCCUCUCUGCCGUGUCACAUCCUCUCUGCCGUGUCACAUCCUCUCUGCCGUGUCACAUCCUCUCUGCCGUGUCACAUCCUCUCUGCCGUGUCACAUCCUCUCUGCCGUGUCACAUCCUCUCUGCCGUGUCACAUCCUCUCUGCCGUGUCACAUCCUCUCUGCCGUGUCACAUCCUCCUUCUCCCUUCCCCGUGUGCCAUCCUCCCUGUCCUGCCGCCUCGCAGUGAGUGAGGUCGAAGUGUCGCUGGGAGCACGUGCCGCCAACAGCACGACUGCUGGCAACGCCAGUGGCGACUCCGCUGUUACCACGGGUGCGAGCAUGCCGAUGGUUGCCACUGGUAUUCGGGGCGCGGCGAGCGCCGCGAGAGCGGGGAGCGCGGGACGCGAGGGGAGCGUGGAGAACGACACGGUGAACGCGGAGCUGCGCGUGGGCAUGGUGUUGCUCGCCGGCUCGCUCGCGCAGCCGCGCUCCAUCUCCUUCACCCUGAGGCUCUGCCAACCCGUGUCUGAUGUCGCUGGGGCAAGCGGCGGCGACUUUUGA